GCCGUUCUCCUAUGUCAACUUCUGCGUGUUUGACCCGAGCACGUACGCCGAUGAGCAGAAGAUAGAGGAGCGGUCGUUGAAGCUCGCGGGUCCGGGAGAAGUUGGCGAGCUCUUCAUUGGAGGCGAUUGCCUGGCCACUGGCUACAUCAAGAAUCCCGAGAAGACAGAGGCUGCCUUCUUCAACUUCCCAGGCCUCUGUGCUAAGGCCCCUGAGGGUGCGUCUCCCUUCACCUUGUACAAGACCGGAGAUCUCUGCAAGGUUGUGGAUGGCGACUACCACUACAUGGGCCGAAAUGACUUCCAGGUCAAGAUCAGUGGAGUUCGCAUUGAGUGUGAGGAGGUGUCGGCCGUCCUAAAGACGCACCCCGUUGUUGGAGACGCGCUGGUCACGGCCUUUGACGGACCUUUUGGCAAGGCCCUGGCCGCGUACGUGGUGACAUCAGACGCGGUAGAUUGGUCGCAGGAGAUGGGAUCGGGCGCCCAAGACAGCGAUGAGAUCCUGAAUGUCAGCAGUUGGGGAGCUGUCUAUGAUGAGAUGUACAAGGAGACGGAUAACAGCGUGUCUUCACAGGAUCCGACCUUGAACUGGAGUGGUUACACGGACACCUACUCGCGCCGGCCUCACAUCGAGCCCGUGAUUAAGGAGUGGGUGGAGUGGAGCUGUGAGCAGGUCUCCGUUCAUUCGCACCUCUGCAGCGAGGAUGUGGUCUGCAGAAAGGGUAAGCCAACGAUCACUGAGCUGGGAUGCGGCAACGGGAUGCUCCUCUUUCGAUUGGCUCCUCUUCUUGGCCGCUCCGGGAGGUACAUUGGCACCGACAUUUCCAACCGAGCUUUAGAGACCGUGGACGAGUUGAAGCGCACACUUCCGCAGUAUCAGCACCUGAAUGUGGACACGAAGGCGCUGGCUGCGCACGAGAUCUUCGAAGUCUGUCAGGCGAAGGAGAACGACAUCGUCCUCUGCAACGGCGUGACCAUGUAUUUCCCUACAGCAAACUACCUGCUGAAGUGCAUGCAGCUUUCUGCUGAGGCCACCCGCGAUGGUGGCCUCGUGGUCUAUGGUGAUGUGCAGAGCCGCCGACAUGUGCUGGCCUUCCGCGCGCACGUGGAGACGUACCAGGCUCUCCGCCGCCAGGAUGCCACAGCCGCAGCAGUGCUUCAUGCUGCCAAGCAGAGCGUAGCAGGUGAGGAGCUUUCAUACUUCGAUGAUGCGCUUUUCCAACGGUUGGAUCGCAGUGGCCACAAGCUCUUUGAGGACCGCCUCGCGCGUGUCGAGCUGCGCGUCAAGCGUGGCUGGUGGCACUCCGAGUUCAACCGCUUCCGGUAUGACGUCUGGCUUGUCCUGGGCGAAAAGCAGGCCAAGGAACCCCAAUUCGAGAUGGUCAGCUAUGAGCAGGUUCGACAGGAGCUUCAGCUCGGUGAAGGCGACGGCUCCACGGAGCUUGUCGACUCGUGCCUGGUGGAGAAGCUGGAGGCUUGGGUGGCCGAUCGAGUGCAAACAGUUUCCGGCACGAAGAUGGAUGGCUUCGUUGUGACAUUGCCGAAUGCUCGCACUUUGGCCUCCACACGGCUUCUGGAAUGGCUGGAGAAUGCAGCAGCAUCCCCGGAACCCGUCGAGCUCUCUAGCUUGCCGGGUCUGCUACACCCGGCAGAUGCUUGCCUAGGCAGUGUGCAGGAAAGUGCAAAGUUUGGCGUCGAGCCGGAAAUGCUGUUCACGCUCAAGCUCCCGGAGGGCUGGGAGCAGCGUGUAAUCUGGGCCAAGGACCCCGGUUACCUCCGCUUCGUGGUUCUCCGAAGCGAGGCGGCAAAAGGCUCAUGGUUGUCGGCUGCCACGGGCGCCCCGCGCGAGGAGCUUCCGGAAGAUCUCUCUGCCUUCAAGAACCAGCCUGAGGACAUCGAAUUCAGCUUCAACCCUGUCAAGGCCUGCAACGAUGUGAUGAAGGCCUGGGCAGCUGGUACGUCGCUCCUGCCUGCCAUGCGGCCCAGCGUGUACAUCCCCCUUGAGGCAUUCCCCAAGAACGCCGCCGGAAAGAUCGAUCGAGCAUCCCUGCCGGAUGCAGCCAAGGCUUUCGAGGAGAUUUCUGCGACAGCCGCUGCAGAGUACGAGCCACCAGCUACAGAAGAGGAGCAGAAGAUGGUGGAGAUCUGGGAGAAAGUGCUGAAGGUGCAGGUGGGUGUUCUCACCCCCUUCGUAGCCUAUGGCGGCCACUCUCUCACGGCAGUGCAGCUCUGCUCCAGUGUCAGUGCGACCUUUCACCAGAGGCCCGACUUGGUCUAUCUCAUGUCGGAAGACUGCACCGUGCGGGCUCUGCUCUCGAAGCUCCGCAAUGAGGGGGCCCAGAAGAAGACCUCGGAUGAGGGGUGCGUGGUGCGGCUGUCGCCAGAGGGCCGUGGAGGGCUCCCAAUGCUCAUCUUCUGUGCUGCCGGUACUUCGGCGGCCACCUAUGGCGGUGUGGCGGAGCGCGCCAAUCGCAUGCAGCUCUUCGGUGUGGAGCUUCCUGGGCGUGGUCGACGGGUUGAGGAACCGGUGAUCUCUGACUUUGCAGAGCUUUUCGAGGCUCUGAAAGCUGAUGUGAUGUCAUGGGCAAGGCGGCAGAAGCGAUUCUUUGUCUGGGGCGACAGCCUUGGCGCGGUAUUGGCGUACGAGUUUGCUAAGCUCUGGGAGGCGGACCCUGCCACCAACCUCCUCGGACUCUACGCCUCUGGCAAUGCCGGGCCGUCCGAGGCCAGCCGCGAACGGGGCAUGGGGGAGGCAGCCAUGGCGCAUCUGGGCUACGAAGGAAGCUGCAAGGACAUGACUGAUGAGGACUGGAAGCGUUUCCUCCUGGCCUCCGCCGGAACAGGCCGCGCGGAAUUGGAAGAGCUCCUGCAGAGGCCUGAGCUCGUUGACAACAUCGUCAAUCCCGUGAAGGCUGACUGCCUGGCCUAUGAGUCCUAUCGCCUGACCAAAGUGGAGCGCAUCCAUUCGCCAAUCGUCACGCUGCGGGGCGGCAGCGAUGUGAUCACCUCCCCACAGGCAAUUCGCUCAUGGCAGGAAGUUGCAGGAAGCCGGUACGAGCACAAGGAGUUUGGGCAGUUCGGCCACAUGCUGGCGCGGGAGUGCCCUGCUCUCCUUGCCGAGCUUUUCGAAGAGUACUCUCUGCCUGACUUUACGCACGAGCUGCGGCACUUCGAGACCUUCCGAACAGCUUACAGGCUCAUGCGCACACGGAAGCAGCAGCAUGGCUCAACCAUGAAGGCUCGCGAGAUCCGGAAGAGCAUGCGCGUAUGCAGCCCAACCCUUGGUGCGUCCAAGGUGCCGGUGGACUUUGAGCUCAACACGGCUGAUCUUGAUUUCAACCUCGAGCUGUUAGAUGACAUCACACCCCCGACCAAGGAGGUGAAAGUUAUGCGGGUCGGCAACCUUACCUGGCGUAAGGGUGCUGCUACUGGCAACCCGACGCGUUUGCCGUGA